AUGUUGGAAGGCCUCGUUGCGGGGCUGCUCAACCGCUUCCUGGGCAUGUACGUCCAGAACUUUGACCCAACCCAGCUCAAAGUCGGCAUCUGGUCGGGCGAUGUGAAGCUCCGCAACCUCGAGCUGCGCCGCGAGGCCCUCGACCAGCUCAAGCUCCCCAUUAAUGUCAUGGAGGGCCACCUGGGCCAGUUGACCCUCAUCAUUCCCUGGUCCAACCUGCGUGGCGCCCCCGUCAAGGUCUUCAUCGAGGAUGUCUUCCUGCUGGCUAGCCCGAAGGAGGAGGCUGAAUAUGACGAAGAGGAGGAAGAGAGACGGAAGCAACGUCUCAAGAUGGAAAAGCUGGACAGCGCCGAGCUGCUCAAGGAAAAGAACCAAGAAGGCAUGAGCCAGGAGGAGCAGCAGAAGAACCAGAGCUUUACCCAGAGCUUGGUCACAAAGAUUGUCGACAACCUGCAGGUCGAGGUCAAGAACAUCCACAUCCGAUACGAAGAUUCCAUUUCCGCUCCCGGCCACCCAUUCUCCCUCGGCAUGACUCUCGAAGAGUUCAGUGCUAUCAGCACCGACGGACAGUGGGCUCCUACAUUCAUCCAGGACUCAACCUCAGUAACGCACAAGCUGGCCACCCUCGGCGCGCUUGCAGUGUACUGGAACACAGAUGCGUCGUUGCUUGGCACUGGCCGAGAGGCGGCUAGUCCCAAUCACGAAAUGUUACCCCACGAUGAGCUGGUCAACAAGUUCAGGGAGAUGAUGACAAACGGUGCCGAGGCGAGCUCGACCCAUCAGUUCAUCCUGAAGCCUGUCAGUGGCCAGGCUAAGAUAGAGCUCGACAAGUCAGGCGAUAUUCGCGUACCGAAAUUCAAGGCGAACCUUUUGUUUGAGGAGAUUGGUCUCGUCUUGGAUGACGAUCAGUACAGAGACGCGUUGAUGAUGGUGGAUCUCUUCCAUUACUUCAUCCGUCAUCAAGAAUACAAGAAACUUCAACCCAAGGGAGUCUCACCCACGGAGGAUCCCGGCGCCUGGUUCCGGUUUGCGGGCAAUGCUGUCCUCUCCAAGAUUCACGAAAAGAACCGGAGAUGGUCCUGGGACUACUUCCGCGAACGACGUGAUGACCGCAGGCGAUACAUUGAGCUUUUCAAAAAGAGAAAACAGCAGCAGCAGUUUACAACAGACGAGGAUGCAGACAUGCAGCGCCUCGAGCGGAAGCUUGGCUACGAGGACCUGCGAUUCUGGAGAUCGUUGGCUCGAAGCCAACUGAAGAAGGAAAAUGCCGAGGCUUUGAAGAAGCAACCUCAGCAACAAGAACAACAAGGCUGGAUCGCCUGGAUGUGGGGCUCGAAACCCCAGGAGACGAUUGAAGAGAAUGGUGAAAACACACAAAUCACAGAGGAGCAGCGCAAGGAGCUCUACGAUGUUAUUGACUGGGAUGAGAAGAACGCCAUCGCUGAGGAAGUGGAUCUCCCACGUGAAGCUGUCAAGAUGUGUGUCGAGACAUCUUUGGCCACCGGUAGCUUCACACUCAAGAAGGGACCCCAUGGUAACAACAUUGACCUCCUCAGCUUGCACUUUGAUGUCUUCAAGGCCAAGGCGCUGCAGAGGAAGGACUCUUUCCUUGCCAACGUCAGCCUGGGAGGCCUACGCGUCAACGAUGGCACCACCCCCGAUAGCGUGUACCCCGAGAUUGUCCGUGUCAAGGAUUCUCCCGACAUUAACAAGCGCAAGAGACUCUCUUUGGCCGAGUUGGAGAAGACUGAGGAUGACCCAUUCUUCCAAUUCGAAGUCGAGCAGAACCCCAUUGAGCGUGAGGGUGACAUCGCCAUCACUAGUACCAUGAAGCCCCUCGAGGUCAUCUGGAACCCCAACUUCGUUGUCGGCAUUGCCGACUUCUUUAGGCCCCCUGAGCGGCACAUGGAGUCUAUCAGUGCCUUGAUGGAGACUGCCGGUGCCACGGUAGAAGGCUUCCGGGAACAGACUCGGGCGGGUCUCGAGUUUGCAUUGGAGGAACACAAGACGAUCAAUGCCGAGCUUGAUCUUCAGGCGCCCCUCAUCAUCGUGCCCGUUAGCAUCACCACACUGAACUCGACAUGCUUGAUUGUCGAUGCUGGUCAUAUCCACGUCAACAGCCAACUGGUUGAUCAAGCCACAAUGAAAGAAAUACAGUCGAAGCAACGGCAGUUGUACAGCGACGAAGACCUGAAACGACUGGAGUCGGUCAUGUACGACAAAUUCAUUGUCAAGCUGACGUCGACUCAAGUCCUCAUCGGCCCGUCGAUCGAUGAAACCAAGGCGCAACUCAUUGACAAAGACGAUGACGCACUCCUCCAUAUUGUGGAGCAAAUCAACGUCGAUUUUGUGGUUGAGACGUCCAUCUUGCCGAAGGCUCCAAACCUGACGAAGCUCAAGGUGUCGGGACACUUGCCCAUGCUCCAUGCUACUGUCUCUGACUCCAAGUACAAGAACCUGAUGAGGAUCAUUGACGUGGCGAUACCGAAAUUUGGAGGAGAUGAACCCCCUGUGCCAGAGCUAUCGCAAGAGUUAGAAGAACCAUCACGUCCUCGCGUUCUUAGUGACGUAUCAACACGAUCAGCUCGAAAACUAGGUCGCGAUAGGCGUCUGUCAACCCCCUUCCCUUUUAUGAUGCAGGCUUCAACUGCUGUCUUGCUUGACGACAUGGAUGAGGAUGACGAUAAUUUCGAAGACGCAACUGAUGGCGCUGAUGCCGAACAACUUCGGAUCAAGCAGCGCAGUUUCGAGUUCAAGUUCAAGGUUGACACCCUGAAGGGUUCGCUUUAUCGAAGCGACCCCGAUAGGAAGAAGCCUGACGCGCUUCUCGUGGAACUGGUUGCGGAGCGGUUUGACCUGGAGUUCUAUACCCGACCUUUCGACAUGGCGGCUGAGGUGUCUCUGGGCUCCUUGACUGUUGAUGACUUUGUUGACAAUCCCCCGGAUGAGUUCAAGGCCAUCGUUUCGUCAGGCGACAGCGAGGAUCUGAAGGAGGGCCGUAGCCUCGUUCUUGUCAAAUUCAUCAAGGUCAACCCCCUCUCACCCGAGUUCAUGCCAGUUUAUGAGGGCGUGGAGACAAAUGUCACGGCCGCCAUAUCUACAAUCAACCUCAUCGUCACUAGAAAGACUCUAUUGACGCUCUUGGAUUUCAUUCUCGUCACGUUCACUGGUGGAGACGAGCAUCAAAACUCCCAGGCGCUCUUGGAUAGCCCCGCGAUUGAUUCAAAGGACGCUGAGGUGGUGGAUGCACCUUCGCCAGCGCAACAAAACGCCAAUGCAGGGGCUAUCCGGGUCAAGGUCGACCUCAAGAGUAUCCGACUGAUCCUGAACAAUGACGGCAUUCGACUCGCCACCUUGUCUUUUAAUAAGGCUGAUGCCGGCAUCUUCCUCCGCGGAGGGACUAUGCGCGUCUCAGCUAGACUGGGCGACCUGUCUCUUGUCGACGAUGUAAACCAAGGUGUGUCUGAGGAUUCGAACCUCCGCCAGCUGGUUACAAUCCAAGGCGAUGAUCUGGCCGAUUUCCGGUACGAGACCUUUGACUCCACCAACCCAAAGACAUAUCCAGGGUAUGACAGUUCCAUCUUUCUCCGGGCUGGUUCCGUCAAGAUCAACUUCGUGGAAGAGCCGUUCCGGAAGAUCAUUGAUUUCUUGGUCAAGUUUGGCAAGAUGCAGGCUCUGUACAAUGCGGCACGACAAGCUGCGAUGAACCAGGCAAACCAGAUGCAGCAGAGUCCCAGUCGUUUCCAGUUUGACGUUGUGGUCAACACCCCUAUCGUCGUGUUCCCCCGUCUCGUCACCCCCGGCCGUCCGAAACGUGACCUGAUCACAGCCUAUCUGGGUGAGAUUUAUGCGCAGAACAAGUUCACGCCGCUCGACGAUAGUGAGGACUCUGAGAUUGCAAUGAAGAUUUCGGCUGGAAUUCGCAACAUCAGACUGACCUCGGACUUCCACUACCCUGAUGAUAAGUCUGAGGAAUUGGAAAUGAUCGACCAUGUCGACCUCGGGUUCAAGAUCACUUAUGCCGAGCACAAGAAUGGUGCCAAGAGACCCGAUACGGAAAUCGAGGGAACCAUGUCAGACAUUAACCUCCGACUCACGCAAUACCAACUGAGGUUCCUGAUGGAGAUUUCCAAGUCGGUUCCAGCCGCGUUUGCUGGCGAGGGAGGCGAUGGUGAUGAGGAGGCCGCCAAAGCUGUCGACGAGGGUACGCUGAAGCGUGCUCGGACGAUAUCUGACGACAAAAACGCCAACAGCGACCAAACGCUGGUUGAUCUGGGCCCGGAGCUUGGGUCGCUUGGCCAGACUUGGACAAAGUUGGAUCUUGUAUUCCGCGUUAAUACCAUCGGUUUGGAAUUGGUCAUGGCCGAGCUAGAUGCGCCAGUCGGCGACUUGGCUCAGUCGAGCUUGUCACGCUUCUCCCUUGACGACACCAAGGUCAAGACACGGAUGCUUUCCGAUGGCUCCCUCGAGGCGGAACUACUCAUCCGGUCGUUUACCAUUUACGAUAGCCGCCCAAGCGAGACGAACAAGUACCGCCGCAUCAUGUCGUCCAUGAACAAGGAUGUGCAGCAGCUGAUGGCAAGCGUGACCAUGUCAGGAGGGGAUGAAAGAAAUGUCAUCGCCAUGGCUACGGUAGACAGCCCGCGUGUCAUUUUUGCGCUGGAUUAUCUCUUCGCCAUCCAGCGUUUUGCAUUGGAGGGAUUGACUGUUGACGAGUCUAGUCCCAUGGAUAGCGAAAGCAUUCUUGAAACCCCGGAAGAAUCAGACACAGACUCUAUGCAGGUCACUUUCACUGGACAUGAGUCACGCAAGGCACGAUCACAGACAUCAGGGCGACAAAGCACAGAUGUGGCAGACGAAUCAGACGCACCGGCUCAGCCAGUGAUGAACAUUGCGUUCCGAGUCAAUCUCGUCGAUGCCCAAGUCAUUCUCAUCGCCAACCCGCUGAGCUCAAGCUCUGAAGCGAUCGUGCUGGGAAUUCGCCAGAUGCUCCUUUCCAAGCAACAUGCCUUGACCUUCCAGGUAUCGGAAGUUGGCAUGUUCUUAUGCCGGAUGGACAAGUUCGAAACAUCUCGGCUCAGAAUUAUCGAUGACUUUUCGAUUCAAUUGAGCAUGGAUAACUCAAAGCCAACCGACACAAGCAUUCAUCUCGAGGUCGAGCCUCUCAUUUUGCGGCUUUCGUUGCGCGACAUCUUGCUUGCCCUUCAGAUUAUUAGCAAGGCAAGUGAGCUAUCUGGCAGCGAGCCAAAGGUGAAAGAGACUCCGACCGAGCAGAAGGCGAGAGAAGUUCGCAACGCUGGCUUGAAGCAGCGCUCUGCCAGUGGCAAAGGAGGCUCUACUAUAGCGACGAAGACAAGAGCGAGUCAACCAGCCAUCGAAACAUCAUCCACGCAGAAAAGCCAAGAAGUUGCGGUGCCCAUGCAUGAACAGUUGUCAGCGACGGUGGAGGGAAUCCGCGUUGUCUUGAUCGGCGAUUUACACGAACUUCCCAUCCUUGACAUUGGAAUCAAGAAUUUUACUGCCGCUGCUGAGAACUGGUCUUCGAACCUCAAGGCAGAGACUUCCAUCGAGCUCUACUCAAAUGUGUACAACUUCUCCAAGUCGAGCUGGGAGCCUCUACUUGAGCCGUGGCAGGUGGGCUUUGGCGUGGCCAAGGCACCUAUAUCUGGAUUGCUGUCGUUCGAUGUUGUGUCCAAGAAGACGUUUAACGUGACCAUCACCACAGCGACUAUCGCCUUGGCGUCCAAGUCGUUCAAUUUCUUGACGACGGAGCAGGAUGUCUUGGACAAGCCACGUGGUGUUGAGGCGCCUUAUCGCAUCAGAAACUACACCGGAUUCGAUAUCGUCAUUCACUCCAAGAGCCCAACUAGCGACGAACCGAUUACUCUCAGUCUGGAGGACGGCAAAGAGGGCCCAUGGAGCUUCGAACACUGGGAGAAGAUGCGAGAAAAUCUCCUCACCGAGUCCAACCAGACAUAUGUCAGCAUCCAGCUCGACGGCAGUGGCUUUGACCCUGUGAAGAAUGUCCGCUUGAAUCGCGAGGGCGAGUUCCUGUAUGGCCUGCGCCCAAAGAUGGAAAAUGUCCUGCAUCGACUUUGUGUCGAAGUUGAGCUUGGAACCGACAACGUUAAGUAUGUCACGUUCAGAUCUCCGCUGCUGGUUGAGAACGCGACGCAGAUCCCGGUGGAGCUUGGUAUAUAUGAUGUCAAGGAAGGCCACCUUCUCAAGAUCGAGAAGAUUGCCCCUGGAGACUCUCGCCCAGCCCCCGUCGGCGCCGUUUACGAGAAAAGAGUCCUUGUCCGACCGGAUGGCGGGUUCGGAUACCAGUGGAGCGGAGAGCAGCUCUGGUGGGGAGACUUGCUCAAGAGACAAACCAAGCAAGUUGUUUGCAAGGCGGAUAACGGAGACCCCUUCUACUUCCAGGUUCAUGCCAGCUAUGACAAGUCGAACCCGUUGACAAAGCAAUACCCAUACAUGCGAGUCAAGCUUUCUGCGCCGGUUACUCUGGAGAAUCUCUUGCCGUACGACUUCAAGUACCGAAUCUACGACAAGAACACCAAGAAGGACUGGACCAACUUCUUGCGAAAGGGUGGCGUCAGCCCUGUCCACGUCGUGCAGUUGUCACACCUGCUACUCCUGAGCGUUGACAUGCAGGAUACUGUGUUCAAGCCAAGCGACUUUGCCAUCAUCAACCCCGGAAACAACGAAGACUUCCGCAAGGAGAGCAAGAUCAUUGUCAAGGAUGAUCAAGGGCUACCGCUGAAUCUUCACCUGCACUACUUCAAGAUCCCCCACAGUGGCGGUGCGUUUAAGGUGACGGUUUACAGCCCGUAUGUCGUGCUCAACAAAACUGGCGUGGAUCUAAGGGUCCGGGCGAAGGGGUUCCUGCAGCAAGCCAAGCCAGCAGCUGGGCAGUUUCCCCUCAUGGACACGUCUGAUCAAGACCGCCCCAAGGCGCUGCCAUUCAUGUUCUCGUACAGCAAUGAUGACCACCGCAACCGAGCGCUGUUGAAGGUUGCAGACUCAGAAUGGAGCAAGCCUCAGAGUUUCGAUGCCAUCGGCAGCACGUCCGAGGUCGUAUUGCCCUCUUCCAACAAAAACAAGGAGAUCCAUGUGGGCAUCACUGUCAAGUCUGGAGAGGGCAAGUACAAGAUGACCAAGGUUGUCACCCUGGCACCUCGCUUCGUGUUGCAGAACAAGCUUGGCGAAGAGAUUCUCAUCCGUGAGUCGAGCUCGUCUGGCUUCUUGACUCUGGGCCAGGGUUCUUUGCAGCCCCUGCACUUCUUGCAAAAGUCGCGUGUCAAGCAACUGUGUCUCUGCUACCCUGGAGUCAACAAUCAAUGGACAUCACCUUUCAACAUUGCUGAUAUUGGGACAACCCACGUCAAGAUUGCCAAGGCUGGUCAGCGACAGCGCCUGGCAAGAGUCGAGAUUCUCAUGGAGGAUUCGACAAUCUUCCUGAAUUUCAGCAUGGAGACGAAGAACUGGCCCUUCUCGAUGCGCAACGAGAGUGACAUUGAGUUCACCUUCUGCCAGGCGAACCCGAAUGUAGACGAAGAUGGGGUUGAAGACCGCAGUGGUUGGAGACCUGUGCGAUAUCGUCUUCCGCCCCGGAGCAUCAUGCCGUACGCGUGGGAUUUCCCUGCGGCCAAGUUCCGCGAGAUCAUCAUCGCGGCUAACGGAAAGGAGCGGCAUGUUAAGCUGGCUGAGAUUGGCAACCAAAUCCCCAUGAAACUUGCAAGCUCCGCUGGUCAGCAAAAGAUUAUCGACAUCAACGUCGCUGCCGACGGACCGACGCAGACGUUGGUUUUGAGCAACUUCCGGGCAAGCAAGAGCAAGUACAAGCCCAAGACACUCUCAAGAACCAGUACCGGGACCGAGGCAUCUGCCUUCGAGGUCAAGGAUCAAGACACUGGCGAAACCUUCAAGGCUCAACUCAAGCUGUCGGGCAUUGGUAUAUCCCUUAUCAAUGCUCAGAUGAAGGAACUUGCGUAUCUUACAUUCAGAGACGUCCACCUGCGAUUCAGUGACUCCCCGCUGAUCCAGACUGUGUCCAUGUCAAUCAAGUGGAUUCAGAUUGACAACCAGCUGUACGGUGGCAUCUUCCCGAUGAUCCUGUAUCCAAGCGUGGUGCCGAAGAAGGCACAGGAGGUUGAGGCUCAUCCCUCCUUGCACUUCAUGGUCAGCCGAGUCAAGGAUGACUCCUACGGAGUGUUGUACGUCAAAUACGCGACGAUUUUGUUGCAGCAGAUGACCGUCGACCUUGAUGAGGACUUUGUCUUUGCUUUACUCGACUUUUCGAAUGUCCCCGGUGCCAGCUGGACCCUCGUGGAUGACGAGGGUAGGCUGUGUGACGAAGACCUCGGCAUUCCGGAGCCGAAGCAACUGCAAGCCGGACAGGACAUGUACUUUGAGGUACUCAACAUUCAGCCGAUGCAGAUCGAUCUCAGCUUUAUGCGGACAGAACGGAUUAACGCUGAGGAUAAGACUUCAUCGCGCAACCCCAUCAUGUUCUUCCUCAACGUCAUGACCAUGGCAAUUGGCAAUGUCAAUGACGCGCCGAUCCGGUUCAAUGCCCUCAUCCUGGACAACGUCCGCGUGUCGACGGCAGUCUUGAUCCAGAACUUCUCAAAUCACUAUAGCCAGGAGGUCAUGUACCAGAUCCACAAGAUUCUUGGAUCCGCCGAUUUCCUCGGAAACCCCGUCGGUCUUUUCAACAACAUCUCGUCGGGUGUGACCGACAUCUUCUACGAGCCAUAUCAAGGGCUGAUUCUUUCUGAUAAGCCUGAGGAGUUUGGCUUGGGCAUCGCCAAGGGUGCAGCUUCAUUUGCCAAGAAGACGGUUUUCGGGUUCAGUGACAGCUUCUCCAAGUUUACGGGCAGCCUUAGCAAGGGUCUUGCAGCUGCAUCGCUAGACAAGCAAUUCCAGGACCGGCGGCGCAUUACAAGGGCACGGAACCGGCCGAAGCACGCCCUGUACGGGGUAGCGGCUGGCGCCAACAGCCUGCUUACCAGCGUUGCAUCGGGCGUGGGUGGACUGGCGCGGAAGCCACUAGAGGGUGCCGAGCAGGAGGGCGCGCUGGGUUUCUUCAAGGGUGUGGGCAAGGGAGUCCUUGGUGUGGUUACCAAGCCGGCGGUGGGAGUUCUCGAUAUGGCAAGCAACGUGAGCGAGGGCAUCCGUAACACGACGACUGUGUUUGACGGACAGGAGCUGGAUCGCACACGAUUCCCGCGAUUUAUCCCGCUUGACGGUAUUGUUAAGCCGUACAACGGGCGGGAGGCUCUCGGGCAGUACUGGCUCAAGCAGGUGGACAAUGGCAAGUACUUUGACGAACAGUACAUUGGCCACUUGGAGCUGCCCAAGGAGGAUAUGGUGGUGAUGGUGACAUAUGCGCGGAUCCUACUUAUCCGGUCGCGGCGACUGACGAGCGAGUGGGACGUGCCUCUGAAGGACAUACAAACGAUUGCUAAGGAGCGGACGGGAGUGAGCCUCUCGCUCAGGGGAGGCGCGAACGGACCGUUCAUUCCGGUGGGAGAAGGAAGCGAAAGAGGUUUCCUGUACAAGAUGGUUGGGGUUGCGGUGGAAGAGUUCAACAGGCGGUUUAGGAGCGGCGAGUAG